AUGCCCAGAUUUCUUAAUUCAGUAGCUCUCAGCUGCUACCUAAGAAUUUGCAUUUUCACAAGUCCCCAGUCCCUGCUGCUGCUUCUGGUUGCGAGAGUUAUAGCUUCAAGGUUAUUUCGUCAAGCUGGAGCAUUGGCCGCUCAGGCCUUGAGGGCCCACAGGCCCAAUGGCGUCGCCGUCGUGCACUCGAUGGCGUCUGGAGGUGGUGUGCUUACCGAUGAUGAUCAGGCGACAGGGUUGGAGCGGGAGGUCAUGAUGGCUGCCCGGAAAGGCCAGGAUCCAUACAAUAUGCUUGCUCCAAAGGCAGCUGCAGGCACUAAGGAAGAUCCUCAUUUAGUUCCCUCCAUCAACAAUAAGCGAAUAGUAGGCUGCAUCUGUGAAGAAGACAGCAAUGUUGUGAUCUGGUUUUGGCUACGCAAAGGUGAUGCACAGCGAUACCCUAAUUGCUGGACCCAUUACAAGCUGGUGCCCCACCAGUUAGCUCACUGA